AUGGCGGGGCGCCAGGCGAUGUCGAUGGAGGCGAUGCUUGAUGAAGAACGGAAAGAGGUGCUUGCACUUUUAGAGGGAACGAAUGCACGACCAAGACCUCCCAGCUCGCUAGAGGCGCGCUCCCCAUCACCCUAUACCCCCCGCUCCCCGGUGCGCAGCAUGCUAGACAUUGGUGAUGACCCUCCGUUCCUUACGCUCCUCUCUCCAGUGCUCCCCAAGAAUCUUGGUACUAAGACGCCAUGCGCCCCUGCAGCCCCCGUGAGGAGUAUGCUCGAUGUGGACAGCCCGCCACCGCCGAAACCAGUCCGAAGCAUGCUGGACGUGGACAGCCCACCCAUCGCCGCAAAACAAGUAUUGAGUACGCCCUCGUCGCCGACCGAGUCCCAUGCCCGCGCCCAGGCGGCUAACAACGCCCACCCGAGGAGUAUGUCGGACGCCUCCGUGAGGCCUGUCGACUUUGGGCCGAGGUUGGGUCCCGCACGGGUCGAUCCGACAAGUGAGUACCAGUUUUCCGGGAUUAUCACGACCCACGGAGGCCAGGCCCUGCCGAAACGAGUCACGCAGGGUGGUAAGCGGUCCGGUGUGGUGCCCGAUCAGGGCAACAAGCGAUCGACUGCAAUGGCCGAGAUAAUGAGGGGCAACGACAUCUCCGGCCUGGCCCUGCCUGGAGACCGAGGGCGUCACCAUUCCGCAAGCGGUCCGCCAAUGCGUCCGGGGAACAAGUCUAAAUCGCCCUCUAGCCGUUCGGGCAUGCGCUCGCACUCCCCUCGAGGACCCCUCUUACGAAACCUGAGCCCCGCUGCCCGAGCAGUGGUCAACGACCCCGAGAUAGCCGAUUACAAUAAUGCGUAUCGGCGCCUCUCAGACGCCGCGUUGGCCCGGUCUGGCGGGAGCUUGUCAGAGCUAGGAAAACGGAAACCCUCGACCUACAUGACUGGGGCUGGCAGGCUAGCUAAGGACUACCUGAGCCCCGACGGCGAACUAUUAGUCGAAGAUAGUAGCGAGGACAAUGGAAGCUCGUCUGGGGAGGAAGGACAACGUGGGAGGAAAGCUGCUCGGUCCGAAAACUCUGAUGCCCAACGACAAGCUAAAAGCUUGCUGGCCGCGGCCGAGGAAGAACGUAUCCAAGUGGCAUCACAGCAACCAUACCAGUACAGGUCACUUCUGGACGAGCCAGAAAUCACGGUGACGAACCCAUCCGGCGAGCGUGUAAAACACAACAAACCCGCCAUUCACCCGACCACCAGCUUUGAUGACCCCCCUGGGACGGGGACUCACACGCCUAUGGACUCAGAUACUGAGGCAGAUUUAACCGACAUCAAGAGGGCGCAAAAGCUGUCAUUCGCCAUGACUCAAAUUAUGGACACCCCCGAGGCGCACCGGACAAUCCAAAUCAUCACCCGAGGCGAGUACGCAAAGCUGGUCCAGGACGCCGAAGAAGAGCACCGGCCCCCGCGCAAGUACUUGGUGGCCACGGACCUGAGCGAUGAAUCAACCCACGCGCUCGAGUGGGCUAUCGGUACGGUCCUCCGCGACGGCGACACCCUCCUGGCCAUUUAUUGCGUCGAUGAGGAGACCGGCAUUGGUGCUGCCGACAAUGCACAGGUGCCGGACGAUCCCAGGGCCAUGAAAGAGCAGGCGGCCGCCAUCAACACGGUGACGUCGAGCAAGACGCCCAUCACGCCAAGCGGCACGGACCUACCGCUCCGAAACCAACGUCCCUGGCCGCUACUAUCGAACGCGUCGGACACGGGCACGACGUCAAGCGUCUCGCCGGCGCCGUCGAUCCACCGGGAGCGCAGCAAGGCCGAGGAGGAUAGGUACAAGACCGUGCAGGGCAUCAGCGAGCGCGUCACCAAGCUACUCCGCAAGACGCGCCUCCAGGUGCGCGUCAUUGUCGAAGUUUUGCACUGCAAGAACCCCAAGCAUCUGAUUACCGAGGUGAUUGACCUGGUCAACCCGACGCUGGUGAUCCUGGGGAGCCGGGGGAGGAGUGCAUUGAAAGGCGUCAUACUCGGCUCCUUCUCCAACUACCUCGUCACCAAGAGCUCCGUCCCCGUCAUGGUGGCGCGGAAACGCCUGCGGAAGCAGGGCAAAUAUAAGCGCGUGCCCUCGACACACCAGAUCAACAACAUCCAUAACCCGGCGGCGAGGAGUCUGGCGAGUGCGAAGAUUGAUUAG